AGUGAGGUCAUAUGCUUUCUCCUGUUCGGCUCUUUUUCCAUCCUCCUAUCCCAAUUGGCUUCUUUUUGUUUAGCCAGUUUGGAGGGGCCGAAACUUCUCCCUCCGGUUCGAUUAAUUUGAAGUUUUACACCGACGUUAGUUGUUAUCUGGGGAGAGUUUCGAGUAUUCAACGGCAAGGCUGAAUUUGGGUUGAAUCGAGUGAGUGUUCUUUUUUUUUAUAUGGAGUAGACAAAUUGCAAUGAGUGAAAACAACGAUAAGCCGAGAGAGUCUUCUCAAGAGCCCUCAGAAUCGUCUGACCAAACAACACCUUUAUGGGAAGAUAUCUACCUUGAAGAUGACGGAGAAGAAUUCUUUGACGCCCCAGAUGAUUAUCCAAAGGAGCGUAAAAAAGGAGAUCCUGGUUUAUCAGGACCUUGGGAUACUCCGAAACAGUACAUUCCAUCUACUGGGUUCUCCAGAUAUCGUCCUUCUCUAAAAAAUCUCAUUCCAGUCCGUCGAAAAUCAACGAAAGAGCAAAACAUUUUAGAAUUAGACAAUGCAGGUCUUUGGAGUUUUUUAACCAUUAAGUGGCUAACAAAGUAUUUCAAACUUGCCUUCCAUAAAGGACUUCUAAAAGUUGAAGAUGUGCCUAACCCUUCACCUUUUGACACCUGUGAAUAUAAUGUACAAAGAUUAGAAACUAUUUGGAAUGAAGAAGUUACAAAGAAAGGUACACAAAGUGCAUCUCUUGUCUACGCCAUUUGGAGGUUUAUUAGGACAAGAAUUAUUAUAUCUGCCUUAUUAUUUACUUUAUAUGUUACGCUUAAUUUUAUAUCAGUUGCAUUUUUCAUGAGAUACCUGUUAGAAUUUACUGAAACGAGUGAUGCUUCAUACUGGGAAGGUUUGCAAUGGACAGUUUUACUUGGAAUCACUGAAAUCACCAGGGUUAUAAUUUAUUCAGUUGCUUGGAUAAUGAAUUAUAGGACAUCAAUGAGAUUGAGGUCAGCUGUUUUGGCAAUGCUGUACAGAAAAAUUCUAAGAGUUUACUGUAUGGAAAACAAAACCGUCGGUGAAAUUGUCAAUAUGUUUGCUAAUGAUGGACAACGAAUUUUUGAUUUACUGUUAUUUGCACCUAUGAUUGUUUCUAGUCCAGUGAGUCUUUUAUUUGGAAUUGGAUAUGUGUUUUUUAUGUUAGGUCCAUGGCCAGUUUUUGGAUUGUUAGUUAUGUUUUUAUUCUAUCCAAUCCAGUAUGGGCUAGCAAGGUUGGCAUCUCAUUAUAAAGCACUCAGUUUGAAGGUGACUGACAUAAGGAUUUCAACAAUAACAAAUAUGCUCAGUCAAAUGAAAUUCGUCAAGAUUUAUGCUUGGAAUGAUGUUUUCAAAGACAACGUUGAUGAAAUACGCAAGAAGGAACUGAAUUUUGUUAAAAAAAGAACUUACUGCGAAAGUUUCGCUGUGUCAGUUUCAGCCACAGCACCAAUCUUGUCUGCAAUUUUGACAUUUAUAAUUCAUAUUAUGGUUUCUGGUCAUCUCGCUGCUUCUCAGGCUUUUCCAUUAAUGGCAAUGAUUUCUACACAAAUGAGAUUAUCCCUCACACACUUUCAAUAUGGUUUGAGCAAUAUCGUGGAUCUUACUGUUAUAAGCCAGAGAAUUAAGAGUGUUCUCCUUUUGAGUGAAACAACAACAUACUUGUCGAGACCUUUGGACAAAUCCCAGGCUGUGUGUAUUGCAAAUGGCUAUUUUGCCUGUUAUUUAAAUAAUCAAAUUACAACACUGAAGAAAAACAAAAAAAUCAAAAAUGGUACCAGCAUCAAAGAUGAGGAAUCAUCUGACGCUGAAAAUACAGCAACUUUACUUAAGCAGUUAACAGCGCCCAGAUAUCAAGUCAUAUUGUUUGAUAUUAACUUCUAUGCACCAAAGGGAUCGUUGAUUGGAAUAUGUGGUCCUGUAGGUUCUGGUAAGACUUCCCUAAUUAGUGGCAUUCUUGGGCAAAUAAGAAUGACCGAAGGGAAGCUCUGCAGAAACGGUACAUGUGCAUAUGUUUCUCAGCAGGCUUGGCUGAUGAACGCCACUCUAAAAGAAAAUAUUUUGUUUGGUGAGAAGUUCAACGCAAAAAGAUAUUUUGCUGUUCUACAUUGUUGCGCCUUAGACAAAGAUAUCGAUUUAUUACCUGGAGCAGAUGAAACAGAAAUUGGUGAGAAGGGAGUAAAUUUAUCAGGUGGCCAAAAACAAAGAGUUGCCCUAGCAAGAGCACUGUAUUCCAACAGAGAUAUAUACUUACUCGAUGAUCCAUUGAGUGCAGUUGAUACGCAAGUUGCUAUGCAUAUAUUUGAAAAGUGCAUUUUAAAUGCACUUGCAAAAAAGACUGUUAUAUUUGUAUCCCAUAAAAUCCAAUUUUUAAGUAGGUGUGAUGAAAUAGUGUUUAUGAAAGAAGGGAGAAUUCUGGAAAGGGGCAGUCAUAAUGAUCUUAUGUCAAAAAGCACUGAAUAUAAAAUACUUGUGGAAACGUAUACAAAUGAUAAAGGAAUAAAGAAAAAUGUUGAGACUGCAAAACAAAAAGAGGCAAAAGAUAAAAUUAAGAGGAACACUAUAAAACGUUCUACUAGGGAUAAAACGAAAGAUGCUAAUAUUGGAAAGUUAACUACAGUUGAAAAAAUUGAACAAGGUUCAAUUCAAUGCGGUACCUUCUAUACUUAUGUUAGAGCCGUAGGUGGUGUGCUCGUGUCAUUCUUAGUCAUAUUAGCUGUGGGGUUGAGCGUUGGCUCUUCAGCUUUCAGCUCAUGGUGGUUAGCCCAGUGGAUUAAAGCUGGAAGCGGGGUUGUACAUAAUUUUGAAAAUGUUACUGCAGAAAGAUUGUCUGACACCACGAUGCCAACUGAUUGGAACUCCACUACAGAAAAUGACAUAACAGAAAAUUACACUACUGAUAUUACUACCACAGAAGAUAUUUCAACCUUGAAUAGCACAGAAUCAGAUUUUUUCCCAACCGUUGAUAUUUCCAGUACAAUAUCUUCUAUGGUGUUUGAUCAAGAUGAUUAUGAUUUAAGUAAAAACUCUGAUUUUGAAUAUUAUCAAAUAAUAUACUGCCUUUGUAUUGUCGCUAUUUUUUUAACAACUAUUAUUAGAGGAUUUGUGGUCGCCAAGACUUGUUUAAAUGCAUCGAGAAAAUUGCAUAGACAAUUGCUUGAUAAAGUUCUGAAAGCCAAAAUGAUUUUCUUUGAAUCUGUAUCUAUUGGAAGAUACCAGAACCUAUUCGCAAAAGAUGUGGAUGAAGUUGAGACUAGUCUUCCCAUUACCAUAGAAUCUUUAUUGCAAUGUUUAUGGCAAACUACAUUUGCUUUAUUAUUUAUAUGUAUGGCUUAUCCUCUCUUUGUCUUCCCUUUGAUUUUGUUGACAACAAUUUAUUAUUUUGUUAAUAAAUUAUUCAGAAUUGGAGCUCGAGAGCUUAAAAGAUUAGAUAAUGUUACAAGAUCUCCAAUAUUUAGUAACAUCACAUGUACGAUUACAGGCCUUGAUACUAUCCAUGCAUUUUCAAAAGAAAAAGCAUUUCUGCAGAAGUUUGUUAAAUCAUUUGAUAUUAAUGCAACGUGUAUGUUUAUGAAUUCAGUUGCUAAUAGGUGGUUGGCUGUUCGAAUUGAUGCAAUUGCAGUACUGGUAACUCUAAUUACAUCCAUUUUGGUGAUAAUAAUGCAUGGAAAAGUUCCUCCUGCGAUGGCAGGUCUUGCGAUCUCUUAUGCCUCAACUUUAAGUGGUUUAUUCCAAUUUACUGUCCGAUUGAUGAAUCAGACAGAGAUCAAAUUUCUCUCUGUGGAAAGGAUUGAUGCCUGUAUUAAGGGUUUGGAGCAAGAAGGUGGACAUGGACCAAAAGGAAUCCCACCAGAUUUAUGGCCUGACAUGGGUGCAAUAUCAUUCAGAAAUGUUAAAUUGAGGUAUCGCCCUGGGCUACCAUUCGCGUUAAACGAUAUAUCAUUUUAUGUCCGGCCGUGUGAAAAAAUAGGUAUCGUUGGAAGAACAGGAGCUGGAAAAACAUCUUUAAUAUCAGCAAUUUUUCGGCUAGUGGAAAUAUGUGAAGGAAGCAUUAUAAUUGACAAUCUUGAUAUUUCGACACUUGAUUUGAUUACUUUGAGAAAAAGGAUAUCUCUGAUUCCACAAGACCCUGUACUGUUUCCUGGGACAGUGAGAUCCAAUCUUGAUCCAACAGGAAUUUAUAGUGAUAAGGAAAUUUGGGAUGCUUUACAGAAAGUAAACCUAAAGGAUCGCAUAAGUGCAAGUGAAUCGAAAUUGGACACCAAAGUUAUAUUUGGUGGUGAUAAUUUAUCAAGUGGUGAAGUUCAGCAGCUCUGCCUUGCCAGGGUUGUCCUUAAAAAGACUAAAGUCAUGAUUUUUGAUGAAGCGACUUCUUCUCUGGACCUAAGUACAGAAUCCGUUGUUCAGCAGACUAUUUUCCAAGGGUUAUCAGAUUGUACAGUGUUAAUUAUCGCACAUAGACUAGAGACUGUCAAAUCAUGCAGCAGAAUUCUUGUGAUUGAUAAUGGAAAGGUUGCUGAAUUUGAUGAACCAGCUGUCUUGCUUCAAAAUCACAAUUCCCUUUUUUGCAAAAUGACCAAUGUAAAAAUAAACCAAAAUUAAAAAAUG